AUGGAUACUGCUACGAACACUGAAGAUCUUGGUACUCUUAUUAAAACAAAACAAGAGAACAUUCUUUUGGAAAUUAUCAAAUCAUUAUGCAACGCUUCUAAAAACCAUUUGUCUGCAAAACUAGUAGAAAAAGUUAACAGAAUAAUAGCUCAUGCAGAGUUAACUCACUACGCAAGCUUACACAAAUUAAGCACAGCGGAUGAAAGUACUUCUACUCUUCUAGGUGUUAUGCAUCAGACAGCCGUUGAACUAACUUUUGAUGAGCAAGCAGAACUGAAUCAAGCAAUUAUCCAAAAGAUUCAAAACAAACUACCAGAUUUUAUAGCUGAAUUAGAGCAUCUGAAGCAAAAUAUAAAUAAAGAGAAGGUUCCUAAAAACCAAAUAAAAGAGUUGCAGGAGAGUGUAGAUAAUAAACUUGGAACAAUACAAAGUCAAGAGAGUGAGAAGGUGGAGUUGAUGAUAGAGUGGAUUAAUCAUAGACUUCAUGAUGUGUCAAAGUUCAGUGAUACCUCCAGUGAGCUCCUAACACUAAAAACUAAAAUUCUUAACCUGAAAUCUAAAAUUCUACAUUUGCAAAUCUUACAGAACAUUUUCACAGAAACCAACCAGUCUAUAAAAGCUUACAGUGAAGUACACAGGGACCUCAAAGAAAGCAUAAUAGAGACAGAGCAGAGAAUUAAAAAUUUUAAGGAUAUCGUAGAAAGUGAUUACAAUUAG